UCUUAUACCUAAAGUAAAAUAGAGAAGCAAUAUAUUAUAAAAUCAUGGGAAAGAGCAAAGAUGAUAUUACUCAAGCAAGACUAAGUGAAGAUGAUGCUUUGAGAAUAAGGUACAAAGCAGGCACCCCUCUUGAAGGAGGAAAGAUUGCUGAAUCUCAACCUGUGGAUCUCUUCUCUAGUGCUCGCAAUAUUCAGAAUCAACAAGACAGUAAGAUUGCUCAAUCUCAAAUCUCACAGUAAAACAAGCUGAAGAAGUUUCUGAUCGGGGAAAGGGUACUACUGUCUAUGACGACGAUGAUGAUAUGGAUAAACAUCAGCCACCAGCAGCUGCAACUCUCAUGUUUGAUAGUAAGACGGCUGAUAAUUUGGCAUCAAACCCUCCUUAAGCUGGAACUUAUAAACCACAGCAUCACCUUUUUAAUUAAUUUUCCUUUUCUACUGUAUUAUGAAUAAUAGUAAGUAUUAGUAUUAAACUUUUAGCUGCU